AUGUCUAACGAUCCCAUCUCUAUUGGCUCCAUAGAGCAGUUUAACAGCCUUUUAAAAUCCUCAAAGGUUGUUGUCGCCGACUUCGAGGCCGACUGGUGUGCUACUUGUAAGGUAAUUGCACCUUUCUACGAACAACUUGCCAAGUCUCUGUCCCGCCCCAACGCCGUGACUUUUGUCAAGAUCAAUGGCGACGAGCACCUCGAGCUCCUCGAAGAAUAUCGCGUCACAGGUUACCCUACAUUUCUUGUCUUCAAGAACGGCAAAUUGGAGGAUACAAUCAGGGGAGUGGAACCCGACAUACUUUCCGCCAUUGUCAACAAGGUUAUUCAGGAAGCCGGGUCUGAAGGCGCCGAGAUUCCAUGA